UAAUGAAGAAAAGGGUCUGUGUGCAAAGAGCAGAUACAUGCAUGAUCUCUGUCACCUUGUGGUAAUGUCUCCUAAUGUCUCUUAGAUGCCCCUCUGGUGAAAGUAAUGGAGUUGCCACGUGGGAAAAAGUAUAGACAACUAUAGUUGUAUCAUUCUGGGCCAAUUUUGCAAGAUACCUCAUUUAUUAACAGUAAAAAAAAAAGAAAAAAGAAUUUAGUACUGCUUGCUCUCUUGAAUGCAACUAGACCAGGCAUGAGCUAACUUCGGCUCUCCAGGUGUUUUGGACUUCAACUCCCACAAUUCCUAAUAGCCGCUAAGCUGUUAGGAAUUGUGGGUGCUGAAAUCCAAAACACCUGGAUGGCCGAAGUUUGCCCAUGCCUGAACUAGACCCUUUCCUUCCAUGCCUGCAGGAGGGAAGGGAUUUCAUAGGAAAAUUCCAGUUUGUACUUUUAAAAUGAGACUUGUCUUCUUCCAAGAUGGCCAAGGAUCUUGUUGUUCAGAAUAUGGUAUCUUUCUGCCAGAAAUCCUACGUGUCAUAUUUAUCAAGCAUAGUUCAUAGUUGAAAACUGCUGAUACUUUAGUUCAGGGGUGAGCAACCUUGUGUCUGUCAAGGACUGCAUUCCGUCAUGCUUAAUCUAUUGAAAAAUGUAUGUUGGCACUGGGUGCAAGCUAUGGUAAAAAUGGGUGGGUCACAUUUUUUCUCCAUAACUUUUUCUACUUUCCUUGCCAGUGGAGUGGACAGCAAAAGGCAAAUUACUUUUGUUGUCAGAGCUCUGCACUUCUGAUUCCUUGCUGAAAGCCAGAGCAUUGGUUGCUUUCUGUGGUGGCUGGAAGGGAUCCCAGGAGUUGUAAUCCAAAAAAUAACACUGUUCAAUAAGAGUUACCUAAGAAAUUGAUCUUUAAGUAUUAAUCACCACUUCAAAAGUAAAUAGAAAAGAAAAAAACAUGUUAUAUGUUGCUAAGUAAAACAAGAGCAACAACAGUAGCAGCAAUGGUGAUAAAAAUAAAAGUGAAACUUCAUUCAGAGGGUUGUCUUUUACCAGAAAUCAGGAGUUGUGUAAGAAAUGUUGGGCCAUUAAAAGAAAUGCUGUAUGAGAUAGUGGCUCUAUCUUCAGAAGAGGCUAUCAGAGUCCAAAAGAUGAAAGUCGAAUUCAUCUCUCAGUUAUUCAUAGCUUAUUAGAAAAUGCUGCUAGACUUGAUUCUAACAUAUUAGCCUGUUGUAUAUACAUGGAAAGGAUUCAUCACAUUGUUUGCAUUUUCCUGAGAUAUUUUUCACACAUGGAAUUUCAGGCUAAAAACAGAGUGAAUUUAGCAUUUUGGUGGGAUCUGCUUGCACUGUGUUUGUCUUUGUACAAGGGUGGUUUUUUUUGUCUGUCUUUUUAUUACUAGCUUUGGUUAUUUGCAGCAAAGCAAUUGUUCUUAUCCGUUGGAGGAUUAUUCUGUUCUAGAGGGAAAAAAGAUUCAGUGCAUUUUUGGAAAAAGGUUUCAGCUGCACUCACUUUCACAUUUGAGCCACGUCAAACUAGUUUGCAUACUUUCAUUUACAUCUAUACUAUUAUUCUUUACCAGUACACAAUGCUGGUUAUGAAGCCUAAUGUUGAUCUCUGUCAGCACUUAGUUCCUUGCAACCUCAUAUCAGAAAUACAUAGAAAAUGCAUCUUAAACUAGAAAACAACUUUGUUAAGUAACAGCCAAUGAAAUGUAGUGGUCUGAACAUUGUAUUAUGGCUCUGGAAACCAGGGUUUGAAUCCCUAUUUGGCCAUAGAAACCCACUAUGUGAACUUGGGCAAGUCACACACUCUUGGAAACUACUUGAAUGAAUACACCAAAGAGCAAAGUAUCUGUAUAGCGGUACAAAGUACUCAAGGCUCCUGCAGGGAGAAAGGGACUGCACCAAUGACGUGCAAAAAAUAUCCUAGCAAUAUUACUCAAUAUUGAUAGUCUGGUGGGUGUGGCAGCAGUACGUUGAUAGAUACUGUGGGUGUGGCAGCAGUACAAAUACGGGAAAACUUCCUCUUGUAAGCUGACAUAACCUGGAGAAUAUACAGCUUUAGUUCCAGCCAUAUGUUCUGUCUCAGAAAGAAAAAACUUGAGACAUCCUGAGUAAGCCUUCUUGCCCAGAGGUAGAAUAAUUUGGAAAAGUAGUCUAGCAACUUAUAUUUAGACUACAGGAAAGCUAACAUGAAGUUAACUUUUGAAGAACAAACAAAGCAGAUUGUGGAAGAAUUACUUUGUGAGUCUGACUCUUCUGGAGCAACUUUUCGUAGCCUAAAAGCCACGCCUUCCAAAGAUGAUACAGUCUCAGAUAGCUCUGCAAGCUCUUUUGAUCCAAAAGCUAUUGCCAGCACACUACGAGAACUUGGAGAUAAGUUUAAUGUGGAAGUGGAGAGCCAAGCAGAAGCAAUUCUUGAACAGAGCAACAUGCUGGAGAAAUUCAAGGAAAUUGCAGACUCACUCAGUCGGAAAGCUGCGUUGGAAUAUGGGAGAGCUUUUCUAGCUGUGUCUGUUAAGUUGUUCCUGUGCCUUGCACAGAGUGGUGAAGUCGAGCCAGACUUACUCACACAAGCAAUCAACGAUAACCAUGCAGUGAGGGACUACAUUGAAAAACAAGGUGGCUGGGAAAAGUUUGGAAAGAAAGAAAGAAAAAAUGACCACUGAUUUCUCGGAUGCAAAAGGACUUGUUUUACUUGGCUGCUUUAAUAAAAUUAGUGCUGGAGUAAGGACGUUAUCCCCCAAUUUCUAGACACAUUACUGUGUAUUGAACUGCUUUUUCUGUUGAUUUGUUGCAAAACAUGAUGUUUUGGUGCUUAAUUUGUAAAACCAUAAUGUAAUUUGACAUUUAAUAGGCUUUUCCUUAAUCCCUCCUUAUUAUCCAACAUUUUUGCUUAUCCAACGGUUUUUGCAGGCCCGUUUAUGUUGGCUAAGUGAGUCUCUACUGUAUAUCACAAAGCCCAUCACACGAUGCAGGAAGACUUAGUCCCUGCGUUUGUCAUGCCUUAUUAGAAAAGUGUCA